CCGCGUAGUAAAAUUGAUGUAACAUCCGAGUUUCCAUAUAAUAAGUCAUGUUUAAAGUGGGGACAAGUUAAGGUAAAUUUACAGGAAUCCUACAGAGAAACUCAAAGUGGCUGAGUAAAUUGAAAUUUAAUUUGUAUAUUUAAUUAUUAUUAAUUAUUAGAACUGAGACUUACUUACUACUUCCUACUACUUAGUUACUAUUACUAUAGGCCUACUACACUCACUAUGGCUACACUACUUAUAAGUAGUUAUAAUAUAAGUGACUUAAUAAGUAAUAGGGCGGGUUGAUCAGUUUAAACAAUAAUUGUUUAAAAAAGACAAAGUCACAAUCAAUCACAAUUAUUGAAUUGUGAUUGAUUGUGAUUUUGUCUUUUUUGCUUUCUUUAUACUAGAUCCUUGACUUAAAGUCUAGUCUUACUUUAGUCCUUUCACGCCUUUCUUUAGUUUAAUUUAAACGUUAUCCUAAUUAAAUAUUGAUUUUAAAUUGGUCGUAGUUUUAGCCUACUAACUUAACUCACUUAAACUUUACAAUUCAAGACAUACCAAUAUCAUUUUUUUAAAAUAUCAAUUCAAUGUCAAUGAUAAUAUUAUCAUUGACAUAUGAUCAGACAUAUGGCAGGGCCUCCUUACUUUUUGCCCCACUUAGUUCAGUCUAACUGGGCCCUAGGGUAAUCUACCACUUGAGUGUUGGUUAUGAAAAAAAUCUUGUUGUUUAAGUUUGAAGCGCUAUAAUAAUAAUUUAAUGCUCAUGAAGUGGUAUAUUACCCAACUAGAAUUAAGUAACUAUGACUAUUACUUUUACUUAUACUACUUAUAUUUAUAUAAUUUUAAGUUAUAUUCUGUAAGUUUAAAUCAACAAAAGUACUUAAAUUAAAUUUAAAAAGUUACGCUUUCUUGCCACUAAUUAAUAAUUAGUUUUAAAACUUUAUGACUAUGACUUUAUGGUGAUGUCAUCAUUUUUUCAUAGUAUUGUCAUAGUCGAUGAAUAUUAGGAAAGACAUGAAUGAUAACAUAGUCACAGUGACUCUGAUGUUGUCAUUAUAGGCCAUCCACAAAUAACACCACACAUAUGGAGGGAUGUUUUUGAUGAUCAUGAAGGUAUCUAAUUCUCUAAUGAUUUGUAAGAUUGGGGAGGGUAAUAGACAUCGACCAAAAUAGAGUGAAAUCAUAUUCAUAUAUAACAUCACACUAUUUUAGACACACCCCCCCCCCCCCAUCAUCAUAAAUUUGUCUCAGAAUUUAACACACUCAUUAUCAGUAAUACAUUAUCAAUCAAAAUUUUUGCCCCCCUCCUACCUUAGAUGCAUGUCAUUUAUGGAUGGUCCCGCUUUCAAUUCUUAUAAUUUCAUAAUUCAAGUAAUCAAUACAUUAAUUUUUGAAAAUUUUCAGUAGUAUUUUGACAUUAAGUUGUGUUCUGCACUAUUUAUUUUAUAGGCCUAUAGUAUUUAUGAGAAUGGUUUCUAUUGACACAAUCUUGGCUAUAUUAAAUAAAUAAUUUACACAAUUAAUGCACUGGUAGUGGUGGGCCCAUUACUAGUAUUAACGUUAGUUGCAUAGUUUUCAUAAUUUUCAUAAUUAUUUUUAGGUUUGGAAUUUAUUUUAGUUUCCUCCUAUAUUUUAUUUUAGAGACUGCACAAGUUUCCACUAUUCUAAAAGCAAAUUUAUUGAAAUGCCUCAGUAUGGAUGGGAGUUUUGUGGUGAAGGAUUUGCAGGUGUUCAAAAGUUCAGAAACUUAAUAACAGGCGUGAAAGAAAAUGGGAACUGUAGUCAAGAUAAAGAAAUGGAAAGUCUUAUUAGAACUGAUGGAACACCUGAUAAAACUAGACAUCUGAAGAGAAGGAAAGUUUCAGUGAAGGCACAAAAACAAAAUUUCACUUCUGCAGCUGUAAAGCAGUCAAAUUUUCCAGAGAGAGGACAUAAACAGGAAGAGUUUUUAUCAGAAUUUAAAGAUGUCUUAGCAACAGGUUAGUUAUAUAUAUUAUAAUUUUGUAACAUUGCCAUAUAUCUGGAUAUGAUUUUUUGAAAAAUUAAGCAAGCUGUGAGGACUACAGAAGACGCAGUUUUCAUUUUUUCUUUACACACUUACUGUACUAAUAUAACGAAAUAAGUUUUGUUCGGUGGUUAAAUUUAUGCCUAUUUGAACAGAUCAGAUAUCUCAACCUGAAGAUAUUCAUUGGUCAUCAAGCUCGUCUGAAGAGCUUGAACCUGAAGUUGACCUAUCUACAGUUAAAAAUGGCAAGCACUCUAGUGUUCAACCCAAAAAGAGGCGCCUAACGCAAAAAAAAGGGCCCUUGCACCGAACUAUCAAAGAACAAACAGAUAUCACAGAGCCAGGAUUACAGUCCCAGAAAUCUAUAGUUAAAGAGAUGGCCGCUUGGCAAAAUAAAAGUUAUAAUGUUGAGUUAGCAGCCCAGCCAUUAGCAGAUAAACAAAUUGAUCCUUGUAGGAAUUUGAAGACAACUUCAAGAACUGUGAAACAAAACCAAGACCCUGAUGUUAGAUGGUCAGAAUCUUCAUUUCAAGUUGUCAACAAUGUUGUUGAGUGUCAUUCUCCAAAUCUGCACAAUAAAGUCAAAGCAACCAAGAAACCAAAAGUAGUCCGUAAAUUAAAAAUUGCUGAAGAUGAAGAAUCUUUAGAUCAGAUAUCAGAUGUUGAGUCCUUAGGCGAUGACAGAAGAGAUGAUAUAGUUGAAGAAAAUGAUUUGAGUGAUGUUGAAAACACAGAAAGUGGACUCCAACAGCCAGAGUUAUUGCAGGUGAGUGUUAAGAAAAUUUAAAAUAAUUCUUCCAGACAUGUAGUCUAGACUAAACUUUCUCUUACAUUUUAUAAUAAGAUCUGCCAUGAGUUAUGAUGAUGUUUUAGAAUAAUAUUUUUGAUCAGCUCAUUCAAAUAUAGUUCCCAUCCUUAAAUAAAUAUAUAUACACUUUAUUCAUUUUUCUUUUAUCUCAAAAAUUCAAAACUGCAUAAGAGAUUAAAGAGAUUAAAUUAUUACAAUUAUUGUUUCCUGAUGGCCACCUCUCUUUCCUUUCUUGUUAUUAUCAACUUCAUUUGGCUGAUUUAUGAAUAUUGUUACGCAGCCUAUGUUGUUCAAUGCAUUUGAACAAGCUCAUGAUCAAGGGGAAUUUGAUAAGGGGCUAAGACAUGUAGAUUUUAGACAUACGGCUGGCUAAAAUGAAGACAAUCAGUGCUCUAUAUAAUUGUACCUUAUUACAUUGAAAAUUAUAUAAACAAAGAUACAUAAAAUCUACAUGUUAAGAAAUGAAUAAAGGUCUAACACUAACAAUAUCUAAAUCUCACAGUAAUAUAAAGAGUACCAUCACAAGUCUAAGUUCCUGGAAUUACUAUUGCUGCUAACUAUCGGAUGGCCCUAUCUCAUGCUUAGCAAAUGCCACGGAAAGCUAGUCACGCAUCGAUAUGCUCAUCUUGUAUCUCUCCAACUGUAAGGGAAUGCAAUCAGUACUUACACAGAUUCAUUUUGCAUGGCUUAAAUGUAGGCCAAACGUUCGCUGCAGACACUGGUCUGGCACCUUAUUAUUCUAAAAACUUCUUACCCUUCCUGGAAGGUGGUAUGCUGACAAGGCUAGGUCAGUGGAGUAUAUAACAAAAGGGCCCUUCUAUGUAACAAUAUAUAUAUAUAUAUAUAUAUAUAUAUAUAUAUAUAUAUAUAUAUGUAUGUAUGUAUGUAUAAAUAUUUGGUUUGGUGAAAAUUGGGUUUUAAAUUAAGGUUUCAUAAGGUGCUACAGGGCUUAAAUUUGGUACACAACUAUUCUAGACGUGGGUUUAAUCUAACAAAAUUAAGUGGAACUUUGAUUUGCCAAUAAUGGAAAUAUAUAUAAAUUUUGAAUAGAAAGCCAAAAAAGAUGCGUUUACAACAGUGAAGCUAUGGUGACCAAAAAAAAUCCCCCCUCUUAAUUUAUACCAAUAAUUGAAUAUAUAUAUAUAUAUAUUUUUUUUAUCCACUUUUUUGUUUUUAGAAUGAGAUUAUCAGUGGCACAUCCAGCUCAUCAGAGUCAACUCAAGGGGUAAAGAUUAAAGCCAGUGACUGGGUUCUUGCUCUUCAGAAGCAGAAGACCCCAGUCAAAAAUGAAAUGUCGGAUAAUCAGCAAGAGGGGGAUUCAGCUAAGAAAAGAAGAAAAUUUACCAAGUGAGAUGAACAAAAAAAUACUUGAGGUUUAUUUUUAUAUUUUAGAGGACAACAUAAAAUUGUAAGGCAAAUUCAAGGAAGUCCUAGAGCAGUUGUGUUUAUUACGUGUCUUAAACUGCGCACUUUCUAUUCAGCAGACAAUGGAAUUCUUAUUUAAUCCCACUUUAGUCAUAAUUUUAAGAUAUAUUAAUUGCCCUGAAAUGAGUAGCAAUCUUAAUUAUGCUCUGCUACAAGAAUUCCUAAUAUUAAAACUGUUUAUAGUUAAAGGAUCACUAUUUGAAUCCAAUAACAAGUUGCUAUUUUAUAAUUAUUAAAACUUUAAGCUUGGGCAAGGGUUACUUGCAUGAAUGUUAGCUCUUGUAUAAAUUCUGAAUAUCAGCUGAGCCUAAUUUGAAAAUUGCAUUGACAUUUUUUAAAAAAAUUAGAGGCAGUAUGACUGAUCGAUUGAGUCGCCUGAUAAGUAGAGAGAAGUCUUCUAUUAGAUUCUGGCACCACUCAGUUAAAGAAGGCACUUUUGAUGGUAAGCAGUCAGCUUUCUAAAGUAAAAUGGAGAUACACAUUUCUGUUUUUUUGGAAUCUAUCUCAUGUUUCACCUGUUCGUUCAAAGUUUUGAAAAUAUAUUUAUAAUACAUCGAUAAUGUUGAAUUGUAUUAUAUUCUACUGUGAUUAUGUUCUAAAUGAAUGUUAAGAAUGAACAUGAAAGGAAUAAAAAAAAAUCUGAUUCUCCUUUCAAUGACUGUUUGUUUUUACAUGGCAUCUUGUUUUUAAAGUAAAAUUAUGUUUUCCCAAAUACCAGAUACCAAAGGAAACUCUUCAACCAUGCAGCUGCUCUCAAUGAAGAAGCAGUUCUCAGUUUACAUAUCCAGGUGCCACAUCAUAGCUGGCAUGGACGCCGGCUCAGUUUGCAGGACAAUAUUUUCCAUUGACACUGUGGACAAACUAUUGCUGAAGGCAGGGGUUUUUGUUGAGAUAUUCCCUCCAUGGUGAGCCAUGUCAUGUCAUAUUUAAAAUAUGGUAAACUUGAUUACUGUAAAUACCAGGGGAAUGAUUCUCAAACCAUGGCAGUGAUUCUCAAAAAGCUAGAACAGUUAAAUUUGAAGUGUGCCAUGAGAUUUGUGAUGGACAUUGGAUUUAGUGCAAAAUUUCUUGAAACUAUAAACUCAUCCAUAAUUACUUAUUUUGCUGAUGUUAUACAUUAAUUAUUAUGAUAUGCUACUUAACAAAAAGUUUUGAAACCCCUGUUCUAGAUUGUGCUUAUUGAAUAACAGAGUGUUAAUUUCUGUAAAUUACAAAAAUAAUUCCAGGCAACAGCUAGAUGAGAGUGGUGCAGAAAAAACAUUUCUAUGUACAAAUUUUGUAAGAAUCGUAAAGUCUUCAACAAAGAUUGUCCACACUGUUAAAUUGCCUGGUGAAGCAAAAAGCUCUGUAACUGUGUUGGCCAAAUGGAAGUGUCCUUGUUCACAUGGUAAUUAAUUUAUGUACACAUUGCAACUGAUAGAUUCAUCAAUUGUUUUUGGAAACUCAAAAAAUAAAUCAAUAUUAAAAACUGAAUUAUUUGAUCCUUCCAAGUAAAAAUAAAAUAAUAAAAUAUCUUUGACAUUGAAGUAAAAUAUCAAAGGAAUAAAUACAGUACGCAAAAAGGGAACUUCUCACCAGAAUUUAUAAAAUUUCCCUGUUAUAUUAUUGUACAGUCGUUUGAAGAAAAGAAAAAAAUGACUAAAACACAGGGGAUGAGUCCUUGUGUGUUUAAGAUAAUCAUAAAAUCCUCAUAUUUUGUGUUUGUCAUUUCUUACUCUUGAAGACCAGUCUCAGUUGGACAAAGUCUGUCCUGCAGUAAAGUUUCCAGUUUCACCAAAUAUUUUUAAUCAGGUUUGAUUUGAUUUUUUUUUGUCAUUGGUAAUAUUUUUUAUUAAUGAUAUUUAUGAUUUAAAUUUUUUUUUUAUAAUUCAUUUUUUAAAAUUAUUAUUUUUCAAAUCACUGAAUUAACAGAGCAUAAAAAAUGACUUUCUGAUGUAAAACACAUUUUUUGAAUGUCAUGUUAUGCUCUGUUAAUUCAAUGAUUUUUUUUUUAUGGCUGUGGCAGAGUAAUUUUCUUUUUUGCCGAUUCAAGUGGAGGUCAGUGUAGAAAUGAACAGAAAUAAUUCAAUCCUACACAAUUUUGAAUGUAAAUGAAAUGAAUACCCUUUAAUGAUGUUAAGAAAAAUCAGUCAACAUUUGUAUAUUAUAAUUGCCAUGUAACAAUUUUAUUGGAUUUGAAACAAUGAACAUAGUCGUAUUUCAAUUAAUUGACUUAUUUUGACAAACUGGCAUGCAUGUCUUUAAUUUCUUACAACUCUUUCAAUUGGUGUAUUAAUAAUUUUAACAUCAUCCUCUCAGACACCAGAAACAGCUUUGCCACAUCCGUCGGUGAAGUUGCUGUCAAUUGGAGGAUUGACCUGGCCAUCUUUUGUAAUAAUCCAAGAGAGGUUAACUCUGCUUGAAAGCAUGGAAAUCAACCGCAUUGAUGGGGCUUGUUUACCAACCUUUGUUGCCACUGUUUUAAGAGUUUUCAGACAUCGAGUUUUAAAAUCAAGAAAAAUCAGGUGAUGCCAUGUUUGGUAAGAAAGUAUUGUGGAUGAAUGUUCUCUCUUGCUCAUUAAACUUCCUUUCAAAAGCAUGGAAGAAACAUUUUAAAAAGAUAGUAUAAUUUAUUGUGGUAAAUUUUUUUUUUUUUUUACUUUUCUACUGUCGGCCCUGUGUUGCAGUGGUAAUGUUAAAUGUCUCUCCAACAAGAGGUAGUGGGUUGAAUAGGUCUGGGGUUAGCUCCAGCUCUGACUAUAAUAACAAGGUGAAAUGUACUCGGCCCGGUGAGGCAGCUAUUCUGGGGGAGGGGGGUGGGGUGUAAGCCAGAGUUGGAAGGUAGCAGCCAACUUGGCAUGGGAUUGAAAAUUAGGUGUCUAUACAAAAGUAAAUGACUGUAGCAGUUAAGUUUUCAGAGAUAAUUUUUAAAAAAAAAUGAUUAAAUGGCUCUACCAUAUAACUGAAGGUAUCAUGUCAAUUGAGCUCAGUUAAAUGUUGACAUGUUCAAUAUUAGAUAAGUUUCAAUAUUAGAUAAUAAGUUUUUUGCUAUUGUGCAUGGAAUUUAUGCAAGAUAUUUUUUUUUCUCAAGCUGUGAUAGUAUGUUUUUUUUUUUAUACAGUCCAAAAUGCCAAACAGUUUUUCCAGAGGAAUUAUUUGUUAACAUUCUUUUAAAAUGUAUUUUUUUUUUAAGGCACCAGCUUCUCCUGGAAGAUUCCUCAGGUACUAUUAUAUUCACAACAUUGCCAGAUGAUCAUGUCAAUACAGUGACUGUAACGCAGUUGGAAGGCAAGAGCUGUUGUUGUUCUGGCCUGGCCUUGAGCUCACGGACCAACAGAGACAAGUGAGUAUAUGUUUUAAAUGACUUGCCUUUCAUUAGCUAAUCACAAAGAUAACAUCAUCUCGCUUUUGUCUCUAAAUCUGUGUGAAUAUCUAUUGUAUUGAAAUUCCAUCUUGAGGUGCCAAAAAAAUGGAGUUCGCUUGCUUGUCCACUUGAAUGAUCAAGUGCUUUGACUUGCUUUUCCACUUGAAUGAUCAAGUGCUUUGACUUGCUUGUCCACUUGAAUGAUCAAGUGCUUUGACUUGCUUGUCCACUUGAAUGAUCAAGUGCUUUGACUUGCUUGUCCACUUGAAUGAUCUAGUGCUUUGACUUGCUUGUCCACUUGAAUGAUCUAGUGCUUUGACUUGCUUGUCCACUUGAAUGAUCAAGUGCUUUGACUUAGAGAACUCAUACAAAUGUGUGCCGUGUACUAAAGGCAGUUUGGCUUACAAACAAAAUCUUACACAAUUUCCAUUUAUCUUUAAUCCAGACAGCCAUCUUUGUUCAGUGCUGUAGAUGUUGCAUGGACUCAACGGUUUCCUCAGAGUGGCAGUGAUGCUUCAGAUUGUCUGCUGGUAACAUAACUUUUCACCUUUUUAAACAAGCUGUUAAGUUAUCAAGCUUCAAAUUUUUUUUUUUAAAGUAUUUUUUUAAUUUCGAAGAGAUGGCUUUACCAUUACACUUUCAAGCAAUUACGAAUUUCUAAUUAUAAAAAAUAUUUUAAAAAAAAACAUUUAAAAGUCUGAUAAAAUAUAAUUAAAUUAAAAAAAGGAAGAUUUAAAAGCAACAUUUAAGAACUGAAACUGAUAAGUUUAAAUAAUCGGUUGUAAACAAUUUGUGCGUCCUUUGUACCCUUCCUUCAUAGUUUAUCAUUAACUUUCAUAGCGACCCCUGAAAACACCCAACUUUGCCUAUGUGUUAGAAUCUGCGACAGGCUUGAAUUGUGAAUUUGUCAUAGAGAAAGUUGCUGAAAAGGUAGAAAUGCCAGCAAUAGAUGUGAUAUCCUUGGAGCAGCUGCCUCAGGUAUUUCAUAAGAGCAGUGCUAAAUAAAAGUUCAGGGUGAAUUACUAUUUGAGUCUCGUCUUCAAAGCUCUAAUGUCUUAAGGCCUACAAAUUGAAACAAAUUAAUUGAUGGCUCUUUUAAAAAAAAUAAAUACGAAAUAUAAAAAUUACUCUUGUGGUCAAGCAAUGCUUACAGUCUUUUAUUUUGCUUUCUUAGAUAAACUCUGGAAGCCGAAUUACAUUUCUGUCCAGAUUUGUUGUCAACUCAAGACUGAAUGAGGUUUGCAUUAUUGUCUAUAAAAACUAGCAAGGUCUACUGUAUAAUUUUUAUCAAAUUAUAUCAAUUAGUAGGCCUACUUAUUGUUUAUCAAAUCAAAAUUCAUUUUUAAAAAAAACUUUUCUUAUACAACAAAAAGAAUAAAAUUGUCACUUAAUGGACCCAAUUAUAAAUAGAAGUGAUACAAAUUAAUUGUGUAGAUCAUAUUGUAUAAAAUGACAAUUUUAUUUAAUUGGUCCAUUAAAAUGAAAUUGAAAGAUAAAAUAAAGCUGUAUUAGUGGAUUCUGUUUAAUUUAAAUCAAUUUUAAAAUACAUCAGUUAUUUAUAGAAUUUUUUUUCCCCUCUGCAUUAUGUCCAUAUGGCUAAUCAGUUACUUAUGUAGAAAUACAAAUUUUUAGUUUUUACAGAAUUAAAUUUAAUAAUAUUGCAUGACAAUUUUUUUUUCAGUGAUGCUAUUUCAAUUAUUUCAUAUAGUUUAUCAGGGGUCUAAGCUUUUAGCCCUACCCUGAGAAGCAAUGAUAAAUUAUAUAACACCCCAAUCCAGUUGUGGAGCAGAUUGUAUUAGACUUGAGGGUAAUGUCACCAUUGUUAACACUUAUCCUAAUUUCCAUUAACAAAUAGUUCUUAACAUAACUCAAGAUUUGUUUUUAAAAAAAAUCUCUUUUUGUUUACAGCAAAGUGGUUCUCAAACUGCUUAUGUUUUUGAUGGCUCUUGCGAUCAAGCUGGGUACACUGCAUUGCAUCGAUUGGAAGUUGGGGCUGACUGUGUUCUGGAAAGUCAAGUGUCUGUUGCUCUGUUCAAGGAUGUCUUGGUUAAAAAAGGUACACUUUGAGUAGACACACACUCCUUGCACCAGCAUCAUCUGAUCUGAUUUGUUACUUGAGAUAACUUACAAUGUCAAAAAAAAAAUUUAUUGAUUCAAUUAAAUAUGUAAAGAAAAUAAUUUCAAAUGCUCAUAAAUUAGAGGGGAGUAAAAGCUGUAUGCUCUGCUGAAACUUAAUCUUUUAACUACAUGCAAACUAAAAAUAAUAAUAAGCCGGUGUACAAAUGAAUGUGUUGUACGACAUUAGCUAAUAAUUAUAUUUUAAAUGUUUAAUGGACUUGUCCAAAAAUACACUGAAUAUUAUGUGCUUCAUUGCUUGUGUUCCAUAACCAGAUUGUCUGUACUGUGACAGUUUUACUCUAGUGCUGAGCCAACAGUCAUGGCAAGACUGGGAUGUCGCAACAAGAAUCAGCAGGGCUUUACUGGACAGGGUGAAAUCAUGUUUGAUCAGAUUACCACUGGUCAAUCCAAGUUCUCAGCCUGGGGAUCUGGUUAGUGCUCAAGGUAUAUGUAGAAAUUAAAAAAUUUUUUAAAGAAUAAUUAUGCUGUACUAAUGCCGAUGAAAUUACUCAUUCUAUUCAACGGAGAAUUUUAUAAAUAAUUUCAGGAAUUAUGAUUUGAUUUCCACAGGUGUGAUAUCGAGUGUUGAUGACAGCACUGCCUACUCAUGGGAAGAAUGUGAGGAAUGUGGAAGUGACAAACUGGCAACAUCAGAGGAAGCAGGGUAAAUAAAUAUACACAUCCUCAUCUCUUAUAUACAUUUUGCUUCUGGCAUGUCCUGCUUCCUCUUCAAUACCACCUUUCUCCCAACUCCAUAUGUUUCAUAUCAAUAGUACUGAGUGAAAAAAUAAAAAAUUAUGUCACGCAGUGAGCCUCAUGCAUGAUAGUUGAACUCAGGUCAAUAGUUACAUUUAAUUUUUUAUAAUGUGGAGGCGACUAUUAUAUUAAUCAUUAAAGGCCAGUAGGUAGGGUGUAGGACGGUCUAUUGUUUAGCUCUUUGGCUGUGGAAUUUUUUUAUCGCAUAAAUGUACAUUUUCUUUAAAGAGCAAAAAAGAGUGAGAGGUUGGGUUUAUUAAAAAAUAUUUAAAAUAUUAUUGUUUGGUUUAUAAGAUUUAACUUGGUAUCAAAUGAAAGAUAAUUGAAUGGACUAUCUGUUUGUAAUCUUAUUUCUUCAGUUUAAUUAAGAUAAGUAACAGAAAAGAACCAUAAAAUGUGAAAACAUGAUAUGCAAAACCAUUCUUCCCCAUACAUCAUCUUCACUUCUAAAACUCAUAUCCUCUAAAACUACUACUAUCGGAAUCAUGCGAUGGAUAUAAAUAUAAAUCAUCUUCACUAUCAAAGAAAUAGUAUAAAACAAUUCCUAACCUUUUUGAGCUGUUAAUCAUCUUAUAUACAUACUCACCUACUAGAGCCGAGGGUAGCCAUAGCAACAGUAUUAAUAUAUAGAAAAAAAAUAGCGAAGAAUAUCAAUAAAAUAAUGCUUCAAAUGAUUACAAAUAAACCUUGGUUUCGCUUAUAAACAGUGAAGUACCACUCUUCUAUGUAAAAGUCUUAUUAAAAAAUAGCUCUUAAAAAGUGUAACCCAGAAAUAGCAACAAAAAAAAAAUAGCAACAUGAGCAGAGUGCGUUGGUCCGUGCUUUUUAGAGCAGCGGAUGAACGUACUGUGAGUUGCGCUGCAGCGAAACAUUUAAAGGGUGUAGGACUGUCUGUAGACCUAUUGUUUAAAUGCCGACAGGUAGGAUAUAGGACUGUGCUUAGGCUGGUUGAAGGCCGGCAUAUAUCGUAAAAAAUCAGAAGUUAACUCUUUUUUUUGUAAUACUUGGACCCACCGGGUACUUUCUCAUAAUACACAGAGUAAAAAAAUUGCGGUCGGUUAAGCCCUUUAAAAAAAUACAUAGUCUAAUUGUGACAUGGUUAGACAUGAAAACAUGUUUGCUCUCGGAUUUAUAAUGUGGUAUGGUGAAACUGUGACAUGGCUACACUGCAUGAUGAGGGUGUAAACUUCCAUGCUGUGGCAAAGUUUGAACUGAUUGGGGAAUGUCAAGUACGUCCAGCAAACAUUCCACAUGGCCAUCAUCAACAACAACGAGUAUGGUGAAACUGUGACAUGGCUACACUGCAUGAUGAGGGUGUAAACUUCCAUGCUGUGGCAAAGCUUGAACUGAUUGGGGAAUGUCAAGUACGUCCAGCAAACAUUCCACAUGGCCAUCAUCAACAACAACGAGUAUGGUGAAACUGUGACAUGGCUACACUGCAUGAUGAGGGUGUAAACUUCCAUGCUGUGGCAAAGUUUGAACUGAUUGGGGAAUGUCCAGCAACGUUGAUCUGGCAGACAGUUAAGAAAUGGAACAGUCUCUACAGUAAUCUUGAGUGAUACAGAAGCAUUCUUGAUGGGACCACAAUUUUUAGUGGGCUUAAUUUUUUUUUUUCUUAGUGAAGUAGCAGUACAUGUUUUUACUGUGUUUUGUAAGGCUGCAGCAAGAGCUACACCUUAUGUGAUUAAAUGAUGACUUUUGUCUAUAAACAGAUUCAUUUACUGCACCAUUUGCCAGAGACAAGUGACUUCUCCAAAAAUGAAGAUGAGAAUGGAGGUUUACAUUGGCCGUACAAUGCUCCCUCCCAAUGUUUUACUAAAAAUUGAUGUAAGUUGUUUGAGAUGUUACAUUUAGUAGUUAUGUCAUGUAUAUAAUGCUUAUUACAUUGAGAUUUCACAGCUAAUUAAACAUUUGCUUCAAAACUAUAAAUGUAUUUUAUAUUAUUAUUUUUUUUUAUUUCACUAUUUUUAACAAACAGUUGUCACAGAGAACUAUAGAAUCCAUAUUGCCCAGUGAGGCAGAUGAAGAGGUAAAUUUGAGAUUAUUAUUACAUUUUGCCCAUUGAUUAUAACAUUAAUCUAGCUAAAGAAUAUACAUUAAUAAUAUUCCUUCAUUAUAUUAAAACUAUUUACUGGAACAACCUGACCUUUCACAAAAUCAACUUCUUUAAAGAAUUUCUGUUAGAAAUUAUUGUUAAUUUUGCAAUUAAAGCUUGCAUGUAAAAAAAAAAAAUCCUUCAUUGUUUAUUCUAAAAUAUGUUUGAAUUUUACCUGACCUUUUUUUUAACUUUCAGGGCUAUGAUGUAGAGCAGGUGAUCAACCGAGAUGUAACUUGUCAGGUUUGUCUGGUCCAGAGUCAGACAUCAGACGACAGCAAAGGCUCUACACUUCUACACUUGGUAGAGAUGGACUGUUAAAAACCUUAAAAGUGUCAGUGUUAUAUUAUUUAGGCUAAUGCUGUGUUUAAAUUCAAAUGGCUGAAUAGGAUUAGGUGUGUACCACAUCCAAAGUCUCCUCGUAUUUCACACACCAUAAAAAACAUGUUGUGCCAUCUUAUUGUUUUUAUGCAAUUUUAUUUUGUUAUGAGAUAGGAUUUCAAUUUUUUUUUAUUAAACUGAAAGUUACUACCCCC